GAUCUGGGAUAAAAAUAAAUAAACAAAUAAAUCCUUCUAAAGCGUCGGAGUCACGGUGCUGCGACAUGGACGAGCAAAAGGAGUCUCUCCACAAGAUCGUCAACACGUUGGCGCUGAAAAAUGAGGAGAUCCAGAACUUCAUCUGCUGCCUGAAGCAAAAUCUGCAGAACCUGGAGGCAAACUCCACCCGUGUUCAGGAGGAUCUGGAGUCGGAGUUCAGCUCUCUGCAUGCUGUUCUGGACGAGCUGAAGGAGGGAAUGGUGACCCGAAUCAAACAGGAGCGAGCCAGUCGCACGUAUGAGCUGCAGAAUCAGCUGAGCGCCUGUACAAAAGCCCUGGAGAGCUCCGAGGAGCUGCUGGAAGUGGCCAAUCAGACACUCUGCUCGUCUGAGACGGAUGGCUUCACUCAGGCGGCUAAAGACAUAAAGGAUAGUGUUACCAUGGCCCCAGCCUUUCGCAUCUCUUUAAAAGCUAAAGUGAGUGACAGUAUGAGUCACCUGAUGGUGGACUUCACUCAGGAGCGUGAGGUGCUGCAGGCCAUCAAGUUCCUCCCAGUUCCCGCUACUCCAGAGAUCCAGGAGUCCGAGUGUCAGGUGUGCGAUAACUCCGUCACGGUGCUGUGGACUUUACCGGAACCGGACUCGAAAAUCGACCACUACAUCAUCGAGUACCGGCGAACGAACCACGAGGGGCCGCCACGCGCUCGAGAGGAGCAUCCCUGGAUGGUGGUGGAGGGGAUUAAAGAGACGGAGUACACGCUCACAGGCCUUCGCUUCGACACGCGCUACAUGACGUUUCGGGUGAAGGCGUGUAAUAAAGCUGUAGCAGGAGAGUUCUCCGAGCUGGUUACUCUGGAGACACAUGCGUUCGUGUUUAAGCUGGACGCGGGUUCGGCCCACCAGAACCUGAAGGUAGAGGACCUGAGCGUGGAGUGGGACAGUAGCGGGGGGAAAACGCCGAUCCAGGACAUCCGCAAGGAAAAGAGCAGGACCAGCUCUCCUAUGCACUCUCCGGCCAGGACGGCCAUGAUGUCUCCGAAGAGAGCGCCGUCAGCCCGGGUGGGUCGAGACCGCUUCACGGCCGAGUCCUACACUGUUCUGGGUGACACCAUGAUUGAUUCAGGGCAGCACUACUGGGAGGUUCGGUUCGAUAAAGAGAGCAAGGCGUUCGCUGCGGGCGUGGCACUGCGUUCGCUCGGCCGAUUCGAUCAGCUCGGGAAGAGCAGCGCCUCCUGGUGCGUCCACCUGAACAACUGGCUGCAGCAGAGCCUCAGCGCCAAGCAUAACAACAAGGCCCGCACGCUGGACUGCCCCAUCCCCGAGCGCAUGGGCGUCUACUGCAACUACGACGAGGGCACAGUGUCUUUCUACAACGCCAAAACCAAAACACUUCUGCAUUCCUUUAGGACCAAGUUCCAGCAGCCGGUUAUUCCAGCUUUUAUGGUGUGGAACGGGAGUUUCUCGGUUCAGACGGGUCUGCAGGUUCCAACCAUAGUGCAGUGCGGCCAGAAAAGGAACAGCAACGCCAGCAGCUCCAACGCCAGCCUUACCUAGACCUCCACUCACCCUCCUCCACCGUCUUCCUCCACUGCUUCGUAGAACUGUUGCCUGUCACUCAGGCUCUUAGCGGCAGCGGAAAGUACACACACGUGGUUUUUUUUGUUUGUUUUUUUACUCCGGUGUCUGGAAAUGGAGAGAAGAAAAGAGAGAAGCACCAACUAUCUGUGCCUUUCAGCUUUCUCAUUUCAUCCAUGAACUUGUGAGACUUACACACAGCAGUAUGACUGUACUUAAGUUGCAUGGUUCUGUCAAGUCAUUUUGUGUCACUGAAGACAAAAGCGAGGUGACAUUUAGGCUGUUUACAUCUUGAAAUGUUCUCACAUAUACACCAAAAUGUGCCAGGUGAAUUGGUUUACACGCGAGAGUUUGUAGGUGUAUGUGAGGUAAAAUUGCGAACAAGGGUUUCUUUGUGAAUUCUGUGCAAGAGUAUGUUGUGGGUGAAGGUGGGUGUUUUUGUGUGAAUGCGAAAGCGUUUUUGUGGGUAUAUAUGAGGUAAAAUUAAAUGCGAGUGUUUUUGCUCAAAUGCAAGUGCAUUUUGUGGGUGUAUCUGAGGUAUAAUUGUGACUGUGAGCCUUUUUUUGUGAAUGUGAGAGCAUUUGUGAGCCUAUUUGAGUAUAAGCGUGAGGGGGAACAUUGUGAAUGCAAGUGAUUUUGUAUGAACGCGAGAGCAUUUUCUAGGUGUGUGUAUGAGGUAAAAUUGUGAAUGCAUGCGUUUUUGGGUGAAUGUGCGAGGAUUUUAUGGGUAUAUCUGAGGUAAAAUAUUGCGAAUGCGAAAGCAUUUUGUAGGCAUGUGUUUUUGUGUGAACGUGUGAUUAUUUUGUGGGUAUAUCUGAGGUAAAAUAUUGCGAAUGUGAAAGCAUUUUGUGGGCAUGUGUUUUUGUGUGAAUGUGUGAUUAUUUUGUGGGUAUAUCUGAGGUAAAAUAUUGCGAAAGCAUUUUGUGGGCAUGGGUUUUUGUGUGAAUGUGUGAUUAUUUUGUGGGUAUAUCUGAGGUAAAAUAUUGCGAAAGCAUUUUGUGGGCAUGUGUUUUUCUGUGAGUGUUUGAUUAUUUUGUGGGUAUAUCUGAGGUAAAAUAUUGCGAAUGCGAAAGCAUUUUGUGGGCAUGUGUUUUUGUGUGAAUGUGUGAUUAUUUUGUGGGUAUAUCUGAGGUAAAAUAUUGUGAAUGCGAAAGCAUUUUGUGGGCAUGUGUUUUUGUGUGAAUGUAUGAUUAUUUUGUGGGUAUAUCUGAGGUAAAAUAUUGCGAAUGUGAAAGCAUUCUGUGGGCAUGUGUGAGGUCAAAUUGUGAGUGCGAGUGUUUUUUUUGCGUGUGUGUGUGUGUGUGUGUGUGUGUGUGUGUGUGAACAUGAGAGCAAUUUAUGGAAAUGAAAGGUAAAUGCGAGUGUGAGAGCAUUUUAUGUAUUAUUUAAGGACAUUUUGUGGGUGUGGAGGGAUAACAUUUGACGAACAGCCUGAAUGCCACCUCAUAGCAAACCAAAAUAUUAUAUAUUUAUAUAUUUUCUUUUUUUUUUUUUACACUUCCAACGAGUUCCUUGUGUCUGCUCGGCCAUUUAAACCAUUUCAGUUGACUGUCCUGUUGUGUGGCUUUGUUUGAACACAUUUUUGCACUGAAUGUCUUUUACUCAUAAGGCGUCUAAUUCUGCUGAAUGCUUCUCAAGUGAAGUUCGCAUUAUAUUAUAUUCAGAACCAAUUUAGCACACUAACUUAAUGCUUGUAGUCAAACGAUUCCUAUCGAAUAUAUACAACAUUGUUGUUCCAGCAGACAUCCAUAUGGAGGGGUGGAAGGGACCACAAUAGACGAAAAGUGUGUAUGAUUGUGUGUAUGAGUGUGUCUGUGUGUAUGUGAGAGACGAUGUACCUUAGUGUAUUGCUGCCUUUGUAAUGGCGAAGUUUUUACGCUUGCGGCGAACAGGUCGUACUUGUUUUUGUUGCACACAGAUGUCGGACAAAGGUGAAAAUUCCAGUUACCUCCACAAAUAUGUACACUAUUUUAUCAUGUUUUUCAGAUGACGUGCGCGGUGAUCAUGUUACUAGAUAUUACACUCUGCUGUUCGGUUUUUAUUCUCGCUAACAGCCUACUGCAACGUACUAUACAUCUCUGUAUAUAAACCAUUAAUGCUUUAAUGCUGAAACUGUUGUAUUAUAACACGCUGUAACGUCUUCAAUCUUCCUCGUGUUGUACUCCUGAGCAAGGUAAUAAAAAAAAGACAGCCA